CUUGUGGCAAAAAAAAAGUGAAUGUCAGGCCCUGGAGGGAUGUCAUGUGUCCACAGCUUUUAGACCUGUUUGACAGCGAAGACCCGCGGGAGAGGGACUUCCUCAAAACCACUCUCCACAGGAUCUAUGGGAAGUUCCUGGGUCUACGGGCCUACAUCAGAAAACACAUCAAUAAUAUAUUUUAUAGGUGAGUUUAAUCUCAGCUGCUUUUUUAAUGUCAGAUAUUUGAACACAUCAAAUCGAUUGCUGAAUGAUUCAACGGUGACUUGUAGUUUUUGUUUGGCAUCACUACUAAGAAAUGUAUGUUUGGUUGUGUAAUUAAAAUAAAAUAUAUCUGUGUUUUGACAGGUUUAUCUAUGAGACUGAGCACCAUAAUGGAAUAGCAGAAUUGCUGGAGAUACUUGGAAGGUACACCUUAAGCUCUAACUCAGCAUGUCUUGCAGUACAGUUAGUUAUUUUGGACUUCUAACCAGUCUCAGAAUGUCUUCUUGACUGCAGAUAGGAUCUCUAACCAUUGGUCUCAUAAUGUCUUCUUGACUGCAGAUAGGAUAUCUAACCAUUGGUCUGCUGCUGUUGAUCCCUUUCAAAUUCCAUUACAAUUUUGAGUUCAGUUGAAAUGAUUUAGAUUAGAAUCAUUCUUAUUGUAGUUUUUGUUUCUGUCUAUUUCACAGUAUAAUCAAUGGGUUUGCCUUACCACUAAAAGAGGAGCACAAGAUUUUCCUGUUAAAGGUCCUGUUGCCUUUGCACAAAGUCAAAUCACUUAGUGUCUACCAUCCGCAGGUAAGCCCUUUGUGUCUGUCUAUGGUCUGAGUUGUGUUCAUUGGGCACAAAAUGGAACGGGGAGGGACUUCCUUGUCCAAUAAGAAACUUGUGUUUUCGGUUGAAAGGUUUUUGUAUUAUUUAUUAUUAGGAUCCCUAUUAGCCGACACCAAUGGUGACAGCUAGUCUUACUGGGGUCCGACACAUAACGAAAAAUACAAUUGACAUACAUUUAAAAAGAUGAUUUUUUAAAAACAUUUUAGUCAUUUAGCAGACGCUCUUAUCCAGAGCGAAUUAGUGAGUGCAUACAUUUUCAUACUGGUCCCCCGUGGGAAUCGAACCCACAACCCUGGCGUUGCAAGCGCCAUGCUGUACCAACUGAGCUAAACGGGACUAUGAACAUGUACUGUGUGGACAUUUUUAACACUUUUUCCAUUGUGUGGCCCUAAUGAACACAACACAGCUCUGAUGAUUGUUCUAUUAUCAGCCAUGCUGCCCUGGGCUCUGUUCAAGACAGUGCUACAGUGAGGGAAAAAAGUAUUUGAUUUUGUACGUUUGCCCACUGACAAAGACAUGAGCAGUCUAUAAUUUUAAUUGUAGGUUUAUUUGAACAGUGAGAGACAGAAUAACAACAACAAAAUCCAGAAAAACGCAUGUCAAAAAUGUUAUAAAUUGAUUUGCAUUUUAAUGAGGGAGAUAAGUAUUUGACCCCUCUGCAAAACAUGACUUAGUACUUGGUGGCAAAACCCUUGUUGGCAAUCACAGAGGUCAGACGUUUCUUGUAGUUGGCCACCAGGUUUGCACACAUCUCAGGAGGGAUUUAGUCCCACUCCUCUUUGCAGAUCUUCUCCAAGUCAUUAAGGUUUCGAGGCUGACGUUUGGCAACUCGAACCUUCAGCUCCCUCCACAGAUUUUCUAUGGGAUUAAGGUCUGGAGACUGGCUAGGCCACUCCAGGACCUUAAUGUGCUUCUUCUUGAGCCACUCCUUUGUUGCCUUGGCUGUGUGUUUUGGGUCAUUGUCAUGCUGGAAUACCCAUCCACGACCCAUUUUCAAUGCCCUGGCUGAGGGAAGGAGGUUCUCACCCAAGAUUUGACAGUACAUGGCCCCGUCCAUCGUCCCUUUGAUGCGGUGAAGUUGUCCUGUCCCCUUAGCAGAAAAACACCCCCAAAGCAUAAUGUUUCCACCUCCAUGUUUGACGGUGGGGAUGGUGUUCUUGGGGUCAUAGGCAGCAUUCCUCCUCCUCCAAACACGGCGAGUUGAGUUGAUGCCAAAGAGCUAGAUUUUGGUCUCAUCUGACCACAACCCUUUCACCCAGUUCUCCUCUGAAUCAUUCAGAUGUUCAUUGGCAAACUUCAGACGGGCCUGUAUAUGUGCUUUCUUGAGCAGGGGGACCUUGCGGGCGCUGCAGGAUUUCAGUCCUUCACGGCGUAGUGUGUUACAAAUUGUUUUCUUGGUGACUAUUGUCCCAGCUGCCUUGAGAUCAUUGACAAGAUCCUCCAGUGUAGUUCUGGGCUGAUUCCUCACCGUUCUCAUGGUCAUUGCAACUCCACGAGGUGAGAUCUUGCAUGGAGCCCCAGGCCGAGGGAGAUUGACCGUUUUUUUGUGUUUCUUCCAUUUGCGAAUAAUCGCACCAACUGUUGUCACCUUCUCACCAAGCUGCUUCUUGAUGGUCUUGUAGCCCAUUCCAGCCUUGUGUAGGUCUACAAUCUUGUCCCUGACAUUCUUGGAGAGCUCUUUGGUCUUGGCCAUGGUGGAGAGUUUGGAAUCUGAUUGAUUGAUUGCUUCUGUGGACAGGUCUUUUUUUAUACAGGUAACAAGCUGAGAUUAGGAGCACUCCCUUUAAGAGUGUGCUCCUAAUCUCAGCUCGUUACCUGUAUAAAAGACACCUGGGAGCCAGAAAUCUUUCUGAUUGAGAGGGGGUCAAAUACUUAUUUCCCUCAUUAAAAUGCAAAUCAAUUUAUAACAUUUUUGACAUGCGUUUUUCUGGAUUUUGUUGUUGUUAUUCUGUCUCUCACUGUUCAAAUAAACCUACCAUUAAAAUUAUAGACUGAUCAUUUCUUUGUCAGUGGGCAAACGUACAAAAUCAGCAGGGGAUCAAAUACUUUUUUCCCUCACUGUAUCAGCCAUGCUGCCCUGAGCUCUGUUCAAGACAGUGCUAUCAGCCAUGCUGCCGUGGGCUCUGUUCAAGACGGUGCUAUCAGCCAUGCUGCCGUGGGCUCUGUUCAAGACGGUGUGAAGUUACAGAACGUUCAAAAUUAAAUACAGUGUGUAGAACAUGAUUCUCUUCCGUCAAGAAUAGGGAGUGGUUUCAGCCCUAUUCAGUUCAUUUCUAUCUGCAACAUUCUGAACAUUCUGCCCUACUGAAUGCACACUAUGGAAAUAUAUAGAAAUCUAUGGACAUGACUGAGUAUAGGUGUAGUUCAGGCAGUGGGCUCACAGUGGGGCUUGUUUCCAAUGGGGCCUGUUCAGGCAGUGUGUGGGGGAGGUGAGGGCAGUACCCUGGCUGCUACAAGCUAGCUGGAAUCAGAUAUCUGGCAUUCACAAGCCAGAGUUACUAUGGCGACAAAGGUCCUUGUCAGGGGCCUCUCGUGCUCUCUGGGCCGACCUCUCGCGCUCUCUGUGUCUCCCGAGUGGUCUAAGGCUGUGCCACUAGAGAUCCUGGUUCGAAUCCAGGCUCUGUCGUAGCUGGCCGCAACAGGGAGACCCAUGGGGUGGUGCACAAUUGGCCCAGGGUAGGGGAGGGAAUGGCCGACAGGGAUGUAGCUCAGUUUGCAACGCCAGGGUUGUGGGUUCGAUUCCCACUGUAUGAAAAAUAAAAAAAUAAUGUAUGCACUCACUUAACUGUAAGUCGCUCUGGAUAAGAGCGUCUGCUAAAUGACUAAAAUGUAAAUGUAAAAUGUGUCGCUCGCUCUGUCUCUCGCCUCGCAUCUGUCUCUCUCGCUCUGUGUCCCGCUCGCUCUGUGCGUCUCUGUCGCUUUCUGUCUCUCUCUCUUUCUCUCUAUCUCAAUUCAAUAGCCUUUAUUGACAUGGCAAGUUAAAUUACAUACUUCGUCAAAGUAUACAUAUAACAACAGCAAUAAAAAUAGUAGGAUAAUUUUGGAAAGAAGAUCUGAGUAUUUGUCACAGUGUAAUAGGAAAUGCAGCUCUGUCUCUACCUCUCCCCGGGGGCAGAGUGAGCACAGCCUAUCCUCUCUGGGCAGCCAGGUUUGCCUGUGACGACCGGUCUCUAUAGCCAGACUGUGCUCACUGAGUCUGUACCUAGUCAUUGUUUUCCUCAGUUUCUAUCAGUCACAGUGGUCAGAUAGUCUGCCACCAUGUACUGUCUGUUUAGAGCCAAAUAACAUUGAAGUUUACUUUGAUUUUAUGUGGUGUCUUUCCAAUAGGUGACAUAUUUUUCUGGUUAGUGAACUGAGCCUCAGAACCAGCUGGCCGGUGGGACUCUUCUCUUGUUUUAUCUCUUGACAUAGUAGAGCUGUGUGGUGGAAUGUUUUGGGGUCACUUGUUUUUAGAUGGUUGUAAAAUUUGAUGGCUCUUUUUUUUCUAUUCGAAUAAGGAGGGGGUAUUGGCCCAAUUCUGCUCUACGUGCGUUAUUUUGAGGUUUUCUUUUCACUUGCAAUACAGUUUUGCAAAACUCUGCAUGCAGUGUUUCGAUUGGAUGUUUGUCCCAUUUGGUGAAUUCAGUAUUAGGAAGCGGACCCCAUACUCCGCUGCCAUAUAGAGCAAUUGGUUCUAUAACUGAUUGGAACAUUUUGAGCCAGAUUCUAUUUGGAAUUGUCUCUUGCUUUGUCUCUCAGCUCAUUCACAGCCAUGUGUAAGCUACCUGUGUUGCUGAUAUUUAGUCCUAGAUACGUGUAAUUUUUGGUGUGUUCUAAUAGAACAGUGUCCAAAUAGCCUGACCUUUUUUGGAUUAACGGUCAGAGCCCAGGUCCUGUGCAGAUGAUCUAGAUGCUGCUGUAACCCCUCCUUAGUGGGAGACAGUAGCACCAGGUCAUCUUCGUACAGCAGACACUUGAUUUCAGUGUUGUGUAGGGUGAGACCAGGUGCUGCCGAUUCUUCUAAUGUUUUUGCCAAUUCAUUAAUGUAGAUGUUAAAUAGUGUUGGACUUAUUGGGCAGCCCUGUUUCACUCCACGUUCCUGAGAGAAUAAGUCUGUUUGCUUGUUGCCAAUUUUAACCACACAUUUUGUUUUUAGUGUACAUUGAUUUAAUAACAUCAUAUGUUUUCCCUCCAAUACCACUUUCUAUUAGUUUGUAAAAAAAGACCUUUGUGCCAAAUUGAAUCAAAUGCUUUCUUGAAGUCUACAAAACACGAGUAGAUUUUGCCUUUGUUUUGGUUUACUUGUUUGUCAAUUAGUGUGGAGAGUGUAAAUGUGGUCUGUUGUACGAUCAUAAAAAAAAAAAUCUGACUUCUGCUUAGGAUGUUGUGUUCAUCAAGGAAAUGAUGUAGUCUGCUGUUUAUGAUACUGCAGAGAAUUUCCCCCAAGUUGCUGUUAAUGCAAAUUCCUCUAAUUAUUUUGAUAGUCUUUGACUGCUGAUUCAAGGAUUUGUAAUUUUUCUUGUAUAUCUUGUUGUUCUGGGCUCUUUGUUAUAUUGCUGUAUAGGUUUGCAAAGUGAUUUCUCCACAUAUCCCCAUUUUGGAUAGCCAAUUCCUCAUUAUGAGGUUUGUUUAAUUUAUUCAAAUUCUCCCAGAAGUGGUUUGAUUCUAUGGAUUCCACAAUUACAUCCAGCUGAUUUCUAAUGUGCUGUUCCUUUUUUGUUCUUAGGGUGUGUUUGUAUUGCUUAAGUUUUUCCCCAUAUUGAAGGCGUAUAUUUUUGUUGUCUGGGUCUCUUUGUUUUUGAUUAGAUAUAUAUCUCAAUGACUUUCUUCGAUUUUUUUCAAUCAUUAUCAAACAAUUUUUUAUUAUCUAUUAUUUUUGGUUUGCUCUUAUGUUUCUUUAGAUUAGCCAAGGAGGCUUAUUUGUCAAAUAUAAAGUUUAUGUUCCAAAUGGCCAAAUGUACAUCUUCAUUGCUGUAGGAGAAUGUUAAGGCUAAAAAGUUGUCCAGGAGAGAUUGUAUUUUUUUUUGCAGAUUUCUGUACUGUUUGCACUCCAUCUAUAGGCCUGUUUAGUACCAUGUAAUUUAUUGGGCCCUGAUGCUUCAUGGUUGGGUUCUGCUCUUCUCAGAUACACUGUGAUUUUACUGUGGUCUGAGAGAGGUGUUAGUGGGCUGACUGUGAAGGCUCUGAGAGACUCUGGUUUAAGGUCUGUGAUGAAGUAGUCUACAGUACUGCUGCCAAGGGAUGAGCUGUAGGUGUACCUACCAAAAGAGUCCCCUCUUAGCUUACCAUUGACUAUGUACAGACCCAGUGUUCGACAGAGCUUCAGGAGCUGUACUCCAUUUUUGUUUUUCACUUUGUCAUAGUUGUUUCUGGGGGGGGGGGUUGUUGCUUCCCGGUAGGUGUUUGUCCCCAUGACUGUUAAUAGUGUCUAGUGGCUGUUCUAGCAUUCAGGUCUCCACAGACCAGUAUGUUGCCUUGGGCCUGAAAGUGACUAAUCUCCCCCUCUAGAAUGGAGAAACUCUCUUCAUUGAAGUAGGGGGACUCUGAGGGGGGAAUGUAUGUGGCACAGAGGAAGAUGUUUUUAUCUGUUAAGAGCCUCCUUGUUGAUUUUUAACCAGAAAAAGUAUUAUCCUGUUUUGAUCAAUUCAAUUGAAUUAGUUAGUUCAGAUUUAUAGCAUAUUAGCAUUCCUCCUGAGUCUCUGCCCUGUGUGAUUCCUUUUAAUUUGGUGGAUGGUGCGAUUAUCUCCCUAUAACCUAGUGGACAGCCAGUGGAAACAUCACAUCUGCACAAUGUUUCCUGUAGUACUACAAUAUCAACAUCAUCCAUUUAUUUAAGGAAGUCUGGGUUUCUGCUCUUUAGCCCAAAAGCAAAGGACUUCAAUCCUUGUAAAUUCCAACAUGCAACGUGAAAAGAUUUCAUAACUGUUUUUUAUUUUCCAUCAAAAUGAGAAACUCUCUCUCUUGCUCUCUCGCUCUCUCUCUCGCUCUCUCUCUCGCUCUCUCUCUCGCUCUCUCUCUCUAUAUAUAUUAAUAUUACGUUUAAGUCAUUUAGCAGACGCUCUUAUCCAGAGCGACUUACAGGAGCAAUUAGGGUUAAGUGCCUUGCUCAAGGGCACAUCGACAGAUUUUUCACCUAGUCGGCUCGGGGAUUAGAACCAGCGACCUUUCGGUUACUGGCACAACGCUCUUACCCACUAAGCCACCUGCUUAUCUAUAUAACUCUGUAUAACUGUUGUUAUACAUUGCUCUGUGGAACAUUAGAAUAAUAGCUAGAUUACAGCUAGAUCUACUGUGUUAGUUUUGUUUUGACCCAGCCUAAUGCAAAAUGACAACUCCCCUCACAAAAGGUCACUGCUUUGUUAUACUGCUAGUAUCACGGAGUCCAAAGUAUUCCAGUUAAUGCAACUUCAUAGACUGCCAUUAUUUGUUAGUGACUAUUGUCGUUGUGAAUGUCAACACAAUGAAGACUGAUAUGAUCAGCCAGGAUCACCAGUAAUUGUGUCCUGUUGUGUUUUUCUCCUCCCUAGCUGGCAUACUGUGUGGUACAGUUUCUAGAGAAGGACAGCACUCUCACUGAACCGGUAAGUCAUUACAUUUCUCCUCACAAGUAAGGUGUAUUGAUUACCCCUUCAGUGAUGAUGUAUUCCGUCGUCUCCGACGGUAUUGAUAUUGCAAUGCAUAUCGACCCGUUGAUCAAAACUGAUAGGUUACACUUUAUAACAACUUUUAUGAACAUUAUACAUGUGUAUAAAUUGUCUUUGCAUGUUAAUACAUGUUUUUUAAUAACAUACACUAUUUAAAAUUUACUUUUUAUAAAGUUAAAGUAAAUGUUGAUGUUUAUUCAUUAACGUUAUUAUAAGUGUUACUCACUGAUCUAUUGGUCAAUAUCCACUCCACUCCCUGCUCAAUAUGUCUACCAGGUGGUUAUGGCCCUUCUCAAAUACUGGCCCAAGACUCACUCCCCCAAAGAGGUGAUGUUCCUUAACGAGCUGGAGGAGAUUCUGGACGUCAUCGAGCCGUCUGAGUUCGUCAAGGUCAUGGAGCCGUUGUUCAGGCAGCUGGCCAAGUGUGUGUCCAGCCCGCACUUCCAGGUGACUGACCCUAGGCCAUGGGAACCCUGUUAUUGGUGACCUUUGACUUUUAGUCAUUACGGUCUUGUGGGAAAGUGAACAUUGAGUAGUGAAAUGUUUCCAGUUGGUUCCUAGAACUAAGUAGUCCAUUGAAACAAAACAAGAACCAGGACGUAAUGGCUGUUCCGCCUGGUUCGACCCUGUAGUGGAAACCAACAUGAGGGGUUCUAGAGAUAUGUUGGAGCAGUUAUUUCAUGGAAGGAUGUUUCACCAAUCAACUCCUAUUACUCCUCUAACUCUAUAUGAGCUCUCCUGCUGUUGAAACCAGUGUGAGCUGUCCUGACCGAUGGUGCUGUAUGCUUUGGGUCACUGUGCAGGUGGCAGAGAGAGCUCUGUACUACUGGAACAACGAGUACAUCAUGAGUCUGAUCAGCGACAACGCCGCCAAGAUCCUGCCCAUCAUGUUCCCGGCGCUCUACCGCAACUCCAAGACCCACUGGAACAAGUGAGUAGCCCGUCCUCCGUCUGGGCCGUUUUCCAUUAGGCACCAAAAGGAAGACCACAAACUAAAAUGAGGAGGGACUACCUGGUCCAAUAAGACAUUUUCGCUGUCCUCUGUGUGGCCUAGUAAACGUGACAUGAUGCCUGGCCUUACUCUGCAACCUGGACAUUGUCUUCUUUCUUAGUGCCAUCUGGCUUUCUACUUUAAGACAAAGUCCAAACGAGAAUGACUCAAGGUCAAACAAUUAUACGAAUUUCGUUCAGUCCCUUGAGGCAUUCAGACUAUUUUAAUGAGUCUUUUAGAAGAACAUGCUCUUGUUUUGGCACUUACUGUUGCUCUCGUCUUACCGGUUUUAGGUUGCUCGCUGCUCGACUGCGUCCGUGGUCUGUGCUCUGCUGUGGUGCUUCUUGUCCUGUGUGUUUGUCUGGCCGUCUGCGUGUUGGUCGGCUUUUCUUCGCUUUCUGUUGUGCGCGUUGUGUCCGUUGUGUUCUCAGCUUUGUCUUGCUUGCUGUUGUUUGUCGUUCCGUUGUAUCCUGCGUUGUAUACUAUUAUUAAUUUCAAGUUUCUACUGAAGUUUGAUUAAAGCGGGAGAAACGUGUUAGACAUAUCUGGUUACUAUAGCUUGACUAUAUAUGUUAGGGAAAGAUUUAUAAAUGAAAGACUUAGCUUGUUUGCGUUGUUGACUAUACUGUGAUGUUUAUAGUUUGUGACUAGACUUUUGUUGCUUAAGUGGUGGUGAUGAUAGACGGUGUGUGUGACUAUAAGGUGGCUUAGGUGUGACUAUAGAUGUGUGUGACUAUAGACGGUGGUGACAUAGAGGUGUGACUAUAGAUGGUGAGACUAUAGAGGUGGUGUGUGACUAUAGACGUGUGUUACAUAGACGUGGUGGUGGUGACAAGACGGUGGUGGUGUGACUAUAGACGGUGGGUGGUGUGACUAUAGACGUGUGGUGACUAUAGACGGUGGUGAGUGGUGUGACUAUAAGUGAUAUGGUGUGACUAUAGACGUUGUGGUGUGACUAUAGACGUGGUGGUGACUAUAGACGGUGGUGAUAUGAGUGUGACUAUGAGAUGGGACUAUAGAGGUGCUGACGUGAUGACUAUAGACGGUGGUGGUGGUGACUAUAGACGGUGGCUGGUGGUGACUAAGACGUUGGUGGGGACUAUAGACGGUGGUGUGUGACUAUAGACGUGGUGGUGGUGGUGACUAUAGACGUGGUGGUAUGACUAUAGACGGUGGUGUGACUUAGACGGUGGUUGGUGUGACUAUAGACGUGGUGCUAUGGUUGGGACUAUAGACGUGGUGACUAUAGACAUGGUGAUGACUAGCGGUGGUGGUGACUCUAGACGUGGUGUUGACUGGUGGUGACUAUAGACGUGUGGUGGUGACUAUAGACGGUGGUGGUGAUGACUAUAGACGUGGUGACUAGAUGGUGUACUAUAGACGGUGGUGUGGUGACUAUAGACGUGGUGGUGAUGACUAUAGACGUGUGGUGGUGUGACUAUAGACAGUGGUGACUUGAGUGGUGUGCUAUGAGUGGUGACUAUAGACAGUGGUGGUGGUGGUGACUAUAGAUCGUGGUGGUGGUGAUGACUAUAGACAGUGGUGUGUGGUGGAUGACUAUAGACGGUGGUGUAAGACGGUGGUGGGGUGACUAUAGACGGUGGUGUGUGUGACUAUAGACAGUGGUGGUGGUGACUAUAGACAGUGGUGGUGGUGGUGGUGACUAUAGACAGUGGUGACUAUAGACAGUGGUGGUGGUGGGGUGGUGACUAUAGACAGUGGUGGUGGUGGUGACUAUAGACAGUGGUGGUGUCUAGUGACGGUGGUGACUAUAGAUGGUGGUGGUGAUGACUAUAGACGGUGGUGGUGGUGACUAUAGACGGUGGUGGUGGUGACUAUAGACGGUGGUGGUGAUGACUAUAGACGGUGGUGGUGGUGGUGACUAUAGACAGUGGUGUGGUGGUGUGUGGUGACUAUAGACGUGGUUGACUAUAGAUGGUGUGGUGUGACUAUAGACGUGGUGGUGGUGGUGACUAUAGACGUGGUGGACUAUAGAUGGUGGUGGUGAUGACUAUAGACGUGGUGGUGGUGGUGAACUAUAGACAGUGGUGGUGGUGACUAUAGAAGUGGUGGGUGGUGUGUGACUAUAGACGGUGUGGUUUGGUGGUGAGGACGUAUAGAGCAGUGGUGCUGGUGGUGGUGACUAUAGACGUUGGUGUGUGGUUGGUGGUGACUAUAGACGGUGGUGACUAUAGAUGGUGGUGGUUGAUGGACUAUAGACGGUGGUGGGUGGUGGUGGUGACUAUAGACAGUGGUGGUGGUGGUGACUAUAGACGGUGUGUGGUGGUGGUGGACUAUAGACGGUGGUGGUGGGAUGACUAUAACAGUGUGUGGUGGUGGUGACUAUAGACGGUGUGAUGGGGGUGACUAUAGACGGUGGUGGUGUGUGACUAUAGACGUGGGGUGGGGUGAUGACUAUAGACGUGGUGGUGGUGGGACUAUAGAACGGUGGUGGUGGUGGUGACUAUAGACGUGUGGUGGUGGUGUUAGGGGUGGUGUGACUAUAGACGGUGGUGGUGAUGACUAUAGACAUGUGGUGGUGGUGGACUAUAGACUGUGGUGGUGGUGGUGACUAUAGACGUGGUGGUUGUAUGGUGGUGGUGACUAUAGACGGUGGUGGUGGUGUGACUAUAGACGGUGGUGGUGUGACUAUAGACGGUGGUGGGUGGUGACUAUAGACGGUGGUGGUGGUGGUGACUAUAGACGGUGGUGGUGGUGGUGACUAUAGACAGUGUGUUCAUAGAGGUUGGUGGUGGUGACUAUAGACGGUGGUGGUGGUGGUGACGUAUAGACGGGUGGUGAGUGGUGACUAUAGACGGUGGUGGUGGGUGGUGACUAUAGACGGUGGUGGGUGGUGACUAUAGACGUGUUGGUGGUGGUUGGUGGUGACUAUAGACAGUGGGGUGGUGAUGACUAUAGACGGUGGUGGUGGUUGGUGGUGACUAUAGACGGUGGUGGUGGUGUUGCUGUGGUGGUGACUAUAGACGUGGUGGUUGUGUAUGCGGUGGUGUUGACUAUAGACGUGGUGGUGUGUUGAGUGGUGGUGGACUAUAGACGGUGGUGGUGGUGUGACUAUAGACGGUGGUGGUCUGGUGGAUGACUAUAGACGGUGGUGGUGGGGCUGAUAUGAGACGGUGGUGGUGGUGGUGUACUAUAGACGGUGGUGGUGGUGGUGACUAUAGACGUGGUGGUGUGGUGGUGAUGACUAUAGACGGUGGGGUGGUGUGACUAUAGACGGGGGUGGAUAAGACGUUGGUGUGAUGACUAUAACGUGGUUGAGAGUGGUGGUUGGUGACUAUAGACGGUGGUGGUGGGGGUGACUAAGCUGGGGUGGUGUGACUAUAGACGGUGGUGGUGGUGGUGACUAUAGACGGUGGUGGUGGUGGUGACUAUAGACGGUGGUGGUGAGGACUAUAGACGGUGGUGGUGAUGACUAUAGACGGUGGUGGUGGUGAUAUAGACGUGUUGGUGAUGACUAUAGACGGUGGUGGUGGUGACUAGCGGUGGGUGGGGUGAUAUAGCCGUGAUGGUGUUGGUUGGUGUGACUAUAGACGGUGGUGGUGAUGACAUAGACGGUUGGUGAUGAUAUGACGGGUGGGAACUAUAGACGGUGGUGUGAUGACUAUAGACGGUGGUGGUGAUGACUAUAGACGGUGGUGGUGAUGACUAUAGACGGUGGUGACUAUAGAUGGUGAUGACUAUAGACGGUGGUGGUGAUGACUAUAGACAGUGAUGGUGAUGACUAUAGACGGUGGUGGUGGUGACUAUAGACGGUGGUGACUAUAGAUGGUGAUGACUAUAGACGGUGGUGGUGAUGACUAUAGACGGUGGUGGUGAUGACUAUAGACGGUGGUGGUGAUGACUAUAGACGGUGGUGGUGGUGACUAUAGACGGUGGUGACUAUAGACGGUGGUGGUGAUGACUAUAGACGGUGGUGACUAUAGAUGGUGAUGACUAUAGACGGUGGUGGUGAUGACUAUAGACGGUGGUGGUGGUGACUAUAGACCAGGGUUCUUCAAUUCCGGUCCUGGAGGGCCGAAACACUUCUGUUUUUCAUUUCUACCUGGUAG